AGUUGGAGUUACUUUAAUUAAAACUCUGAAUCGGCUGUCCAGUGAUUCUUGAACAAUUUAGAGAAGGGUUUAAACAUUAAUCGACACUGUAAGGUCAUAAAAUAAGUGCUGGAGUCUAGACACUGCCUCUCUGCUUCCCAAUAAUGGCCGACUUUGGGAAAAUACUGCAAAGUGUUGGAGAAUUUGGCUUGUUUCAGAAGGUGUUGCUCCUUGCUCUUUGUGUUCCAAAUAUUAUCCUGCCUUUUCACUUUGCCUCUGUAGUGUUUGUCCAAACGGAUCCGCAGAGACAUUGUAACACAAACUGGAUACUGGGAGCUGACCCUAACCUGACUACAGAGGAACAGCUUAACCUCACCUUGCCCCGCGAAGAGGAUGGGAGCUUCAGCCGGUGUCUAAUGUUUGUCCCUGUUGACUGGGACAUUGAGGCCAUCAGGACCUAUGGGCUGAACAAAACGACAGUGUGUGACAAUGGCUGGGUGUACAAAAACACUCUGUAUGAAGCCACCAUAGUGACUGAUUUUGAUUUAGUCUGUGGGAGGUCCAAUCUGGUACAGGUGGCCCAGACAGUGCUAAUGGCUGGUGUGCUUUUCGGAUCUCUUUUAUUUGGACCGUUCGCUGAAUCAUUUGGUCGUAAGCGAGCCAUCCAGAUCCCAGGAGUUCUCAUCUUCAUGUUUACUGCUGUAACUGGACUUAGUCAUGACUUCAACCUGUAUUUGGUGUCCCAGUUUUUGGUAGGCAUUGGCUAUGGAGGGUUUCGGAUGAAUGCUAUAAUAAUGGCCACAGAGUGGAUUGGUGUGUCCAAGAGGUCCUGGGGUGCCUGUGUGUCUCAGAUUUUUUUUGCCAUUGGUCUUUGUCUCAUGGCUGGAGUGAUCUACUUCGUCAGAGAUUGGAGACUGGCUCAGCUCAUUGCGUCAGCCCCUCUGGGAGUGAUGGCAAUUUACAUAUGGUACACCCCGGAGUCAGCCAGGUGGUUGCUGGACAGAGGACGGGUGAAAGAGGCUAGAGAAGUGUUAAAGAAGGCAGCAGCCAUCAAUAAAGGCAUCGUCCCAGAGUCUAUCCUCCAAAAGGUUGUGGUGGAGACAGAAACUAAGAAAAAAGGAGGCACUUUAACUAUUUUCAAAUCACCUGUGCUCACAAAGUAUCUUUUUGCAAUUAUUCUGGCAUGGUUCUCUCUAAACCUCACAUAUUACUGCCUCUCAUUUAACGUGGGGAACCUGGGCCUGGACAUUUUCCUGACACAGCUCAUAUUUGGUGCAACUGAGCUGCCGGCUCACCUGCUGUGUAUCUGGCUGUUAGAGGCUUUAGGGAGAAGAGUGUGUCUCAUCACCACACUGUUGGCAGGGGGUCUCGCUUGCCUCCUCAUCAUUGCAGUGGGCCAAGAAAAAGCUAUUUUUGUGACACUGUUUGCCACAUUGGGACGCAUUUUCUCAAAUAUGGCAGGAUCCAUUUGCAGUGUUUAUGUCCAGGAGCUGGUCCCUACAUCUCUUCGACAGUCUGCCUCUGGUCUGGGUAACAUUGCGAGCCGUGCUGGGGGCCUGCUAUCUCCAGUGGUUAACAUGUUGGCCGUGUACCACUGGUUUGUUCCUAUCGCAGUUUACAGCUCCUUCAUGUUUGUGAGUGGACUUUUGGGAUUACUGCUUCCAGAGACCAGAAGGAGAGAGCUGCCAGACUCUAUUGCAAAUUUGGGGAUACAACAAAAUGGUUUGACAAUACAUCAGAUGGAUCUUUCAACAUUUUCUCAGUUGAAAUCCACAAGACUGUAG